AUGUCCCCCUUUUCCUUCCGUCGCCCUCGCGAUAUCCCUUCCCCCUCCCGUCGCCUGUCCGCUCUCCCUCCCGUCGCCUUCGCGCUCUCCCUCCCGUCGCCUGUCCGCUCUCUCUCCCGUCGCCUGUCCGCUCCCCCCGCCCUCGCCUUCGCGCUCUCCCUCCCGUUGCCUGUCCGCCCUCCCUCCCUUCGCCUUCGCGCUCUCUCUCCCGUCGCCUGUCCGCUCCUCCUCCCCUCGCCUUCGUGCUCUCUCUCCCGUCGCCUUCGCGCUCUCCCUCCCGUCGGCUUCGCGCCCUCCCUCCCGUCUCCUUCGCGCUCUCCCUCCCGUUGCCUGUCCGCCCUCCCUCCCUUCGCCUUCGCGCUCUCUCUCCCGUCGCCUGUCCGCUCCCCCUCCCCUCGCCUUCGUGCUCUCUCUCCCGUCGCCUUCGCGCUCUCCCUCCCGUCGGCUUUGCGCCCUCCCUCCCGUCUCCUUCGCGCUCUCCCUCCCUUCGCCUUCGCGCUCUCUCUCCCGUCGCCUGUCCGCUCCACCUCCCCUCGCCUUCGUGCUCUCCCUCCCGUCGCCUUCGCGCUCUCCCUCCCGUCAGCGCCCUCCCUCCCGUCUCCUUCGCGCUCUCCCUCCCGUUGCCUGUCCGCCCCCCCUCCCUUCGCCUUCGCGCUCUCUCUCCCGUCGCCAGUCCGCUCUCCCUCCCAUCGCCUUAGCGCUCUCCCUCCCGUCGCCUUUCUCCUCCCAUCGGCAUCGCGCUCACGUUCCUCCCUCCCGUCACCAUCGCGCUCACGUGCACCUGUCUUCGCAUCGCCUUCGCGCUCAUGGCCUCCCCUCCGAUCACGUUCCGUUGUGAAAUUUGUGAUGUGUUGUGCUCGAUGCGGAUUUGGAUGGGUGGGAGAAGUGGAAUUGACAUAG